CCUACGGACAUUGUAUUAUUUUUAUAAGCGAUUCUUAUAGUAUUCAUUGAUCGAAUUAACACGUAUAACACGAUGGUGUUUAUAUUUUAUUUUAUUGUGCUCAUCGUUUUAAGGUCAACUCCAGCAUUGUCUGUUCCUACCGAGAAUCCAUCGUCUUCGGCCGAUCCGGCCGGUUACGAGCAAAUCGAUCACACUCACUUCUUAUCCAACGACAUUAGCAAUCUGUAUUUAAAUGAAAAGUUUUCGGAUGUUGUUUUAGUUGUAGAUAAUAAACGAUUCCACGCCCAUCGUGCUGUGUUAGCCUCACGCAGUGAUUAUUUCGGUGCAUUACUGUAUAACGGUCAUAUAGAAACUUAUAAUAAGGAUGUGCCAAUAAAGGAAGGAUCACCAACAUCAUUUAAAGUGCUUCUUGAAUAUAUAUAUUUUGGUCGAAUAAACUUAAGCAUUCUAAAAAGUAAUAUCAUUUUGGAAUUAUUAAUUCUUUCGAAUGUAUGGCGUUUUGAAAACUUACAAUUUUCACUGUCCGAGUACUUGUGUAAUAACAUCGAUGUACACAUUGUAAGUUCGUUGUUUUCUGUGGCACUUUUCUAUCAACUCAAAGAACUCGAAGACGCAUCAAUCAAUUUUAUUGACAUACACACUUUGGACGUAUUGCAAUCUAAAGAUUCUCUCUCUUUGUCGGCUGAAGCAUUGCAACUAAUACUCAAUCGUGACACGGCGUACGCUAACGAAUUGGAUAUAUUCCGUGCGGUUUGUCACUGGAUCAAAAAGAACCAAGACAACCUAGCUCCUGACGAUAAAAUCAACAUUUUAUCUGCCGUCAGAUAUCAGCUUAUGGAUAAAGAAGAACUGUUUGAAGUUAGGGGAUCUGAGCUGGUUCGUUCAGAUAGAAAUAUUUUAGAUGUCAUAAAGAAGUCCCUCACACAAACAUUAAAUGAUCGAGGACGAUUAGAACCAAAUGUGAAUUUCGCUCAAGAAAAUUCGAUAGAGGUUUCUCAAAUUGACGGUGGUACCAUGAUCAUGUUGGAUCAUCCAUCGAAUAUAAACUAUAUCGAAAUGAAUUUAUGUGACGUAUAUUCAUGCACUUACUCUUAUUACAUUGAUGUAUCAGUGGAUAGGCUCGAUUGGUUGCGUGUAAUUAAUCAUUCAAAUUAUGAUUGUCGGUCAAUUCAACGUUUGUGGAUUAACCGAAUAUAUGUUAAGUACAUCCGUGUUGUUGGCACCAAAAAUACUAGUAAUAAAACUUUUAAAUUUUUAAAAGUCAUGUACAAUACGGACAAAAUGCACUUGGUGGAAAUCAAAAAUGGAUUAGUUGCUCCAAGGUUUAAUGUUGCUUUAUCAUCUAUGAAUGCUACUUUAAUCAAAGGAAUUCCGAAUUCUUAUACCAUACAAAGGUCGACAUGGCCCCAUUGGGCUAAUAACAACAUUUUAAAUGAUGAAUAUAAAAACUAUGGAUACUCCGCAAAGUAUCGUGGAUAUACAUUUCAUUACCUGGAAUCGGAGUGUAUAGAGGUUCAACUCGCCCAACCGUAUGUGCUAAGUUCAAUGAGGAUGCUGCUUUGGGACUACUAUAGCCGAACCUACGGUUACACUGUUGAAGUUUCAGUGAAUAAUGUAGAAUGGGACGUGAUUGCAGAUAAGUCUAAUAAAUCGGCACGAUCUUGGCAGUUGUUGCAAUUUGAUCAAAGGCCGGUAGCGUAUAUACGUAUUACUGGCAUUCGCACUUCAAAUGAUGACAGAUCUUUUAGAAUUGUAUAUUUGGAGGCACCCGCUCAAGUAUCGCUAGAUUCUAAAAUCACAAAACAGUGGCAGUCGCUACGGCGGCUUUUGAGUAGGAAAUAGCGCCACCAUUCGCCAGAGGGCCAACUUCUAUAUGGAACUAAUGGGGUGUUUUACAUAUUAUUAUUAUGGGUUACUUUCAAUUUUAUUGCUUAAUAAUUAUAUAUAUAUAUUCAAUUAAAUUAUUACUAUUAUUAGUUACUUAUGCAAAAAAAGGAUAAAUAAAAUAAGAAAUAAGAUAUUUUAU